UUUACACCAAACAACACGAGGUUCAACUUUUCCAUCAUUAUGGAAAAAGAGGUAGGUGGAAGAAAGAAGCGACGUGGAUUAUCGUUUAUUCACAGGUUUCGUUCACAACCACCCGACGCAAACGUGUUCGUUUUGUAUCGGCGCGAAAUCCAAACUAGAGAAACUUAAAAACCUCCAUCUCCAUCAUCUUCAUUCCCACUUCUACUUCCAGUUAGUUACUACCGUUACAGUUCCAAAUCACAAUGGCGAGAGAGAAUGAAAAUUCCGGAGGAAUCCAAGUCCAAGGCAUGCAAUUCUCAUACGACGGACUACAGCAACUCCCGCCGCUUUUCCUCGACUUCAACCUCCACGUCGCUCCUGGAUCUCGAUGCCUCCUCGUCGGUGCUAACGGAUCCGGGAAGACGACUUUGCUGAAGAUUUUGGCUGGGAAACAUAUGGUUGGAGGGAAAGACGUUGUGCGUGUGUUGAAUUGUUCCGCUUUUCAUGAUACGCAGCUUGUUUGUAGUGGAGAUCUUGCUUAUUUGGGUGGAUCUUGGAGUAAAAACGUCGGUUGCGCUGGAGACAUUCCACUCCAGGGAGAUUUCUCUGCAGAACAUAUGAUAUUUGGUGUCGAAGGCAUUAAUCCUGAUAGGAGAGACAAGUUGAUUGAUCUGCUUGAUAUAGAUCUGCAGUGGCGAAUGCAUAAGGUUUCCGAUGGGCAGCGGCGUAGAGUGCAAAUUUGUCUGGGUCUUCUUCAUCCAUACAAGGUCCUCUUGCUGGAUGAGGUUACAGUUGACCUGGAUGUUGUUACCCGAAUGGAUUUAUUGGAAUUCUUCAAGGAAGAAUGUGAACAGAGAGAAGCUACAAUUGUAUAUGCAACUCACAUUUUUGAUGGACUAGAGACAUGGGCCACCCAUUUGGCAUACAUACAAGAAGGCGAACUGAGAAGAGCAGAAAAAAUAUCAGAUGUUAAUGAGUUGAAAUCUUCAGCUAAUCUUCUGUCUGUUGUAGAGUCAUGGCUCCGUGCUGAAACAAAGAUUGAAAAGAAGAAACCCGUCAUCAAUACAUCUAAUGCUCAAGGAAAUCCCUUCGCUAGCUCUCCAUUCUUUUCAUCCAGACACAUGGCAUAUUAUCGAUAGUCUCCAUCGACACCAAUUGGUUAUGAAAAUAAUUUGAGGCGAAAAUAUGUACCGAGUGAUUUGUCAUUUCAUAUAUGAUUAUACAACACCAAAUAAUUUUUUGGCUAGGUUUUGCAUCUGUCUUAGUCAUGAUUAAAUGUGUAAUAUUCCCUUAUAUAUAGCUAUAUCAUUUCCUUUAAGCCAGUUAAACAGCUUUUAGCGGCUUAUAGCUUCUU